AUGGAUAAAGAUCCUGAAAAUAUCAAAAGCUACAUUGACAUUGCAGCUUAUGCAUUUGGCCACAAAGGGAGAAUUAUUGCUUCUCUUUUCACUUGUUUAGAGCUUUACUUUGUUGCCACAGGCCUUUUAAUUUUGGAAGGAGACAAUUUACACAAGCUGUCGCCACACUUUGCCUUGAAGAUUGGGGGACUUACUGUGGACGGGAGGCAUGCUUUUGUUGUUCUUUCAGGUUUCAUGAUCUUGCCCUCUAUGUGUUUGAAUGAUCUGAGUGUUUUGUCUUAUGUUUCUGCUGGUGGGGUGCUCUCUUCUUUGAUUGUCGUUGUAUGUGUUUUCUGCGUUGGUGCGACGAAGAGUGUUGGAUUCCAUGGCAAGGGAAGGCUCUUUAAUUUGAAUGGAUUGCCAAAUGCGGUUAGCUUGUACACUUUCUGCUAUGGUGCUCAUGCUACUUUCCCUCCUAUCUACAAUUCCAUGAGAAAGAAGAAGCAGUUCCCCAUGGUCUUAUUGUUAAGCUUCAUAAUCUGUACCAUCACCUAUCUCGCAAUGGCAAUAUUGGGAUACCUUAUAUAUGGACAAAACGUUCAAUCCCAAGUAACAUUAAAUCUUCCUACUGAAAAGGUUAGUGCAAAGGUUGCAAUAUACACCGUCUUGGCAGGUCCCAUAGCCAAAUAUGCAUUAACAGUGAUGCCGAUUUCGACUGCAAUCGAAAGCCGCUUGCCGGCAAAUUACCAAGACAGCAAGUCAAUAAGUCUUAUCAUCAGAAUGGCUUUACUAUUAAGCACUGUGGUUUUGGCCGCUGUGUUUCCAUCUUUUCAGUCUGUGGCAUCUCUCAGUGGAGCUUUUCUUAUAGUGGUGGUUUCCUUUUUGCUUCCUUGUGUUUGUUACUUGAAAAUGUUUCAAGUUUACAAGAAUUGGGGUUUUGAGCUAGCAGGCAUUGUUGUCAUAACGUUAAUGGCGGUUUUGGUUGGAAUUUUGGGUACAUAUUCAUCUAUUGCUCAAACUGUAAAGAAUGUUUAG